CGAACAUGGAAGUGCUCAGUUUAUCAAGCACAGAUGUCCCUUGUAGCAUCAUGUCUGGCAUGUUUUCCACCCCAGACUUGGGUCACUUGGGCAGCUCAGAUUACAAUCAUGUCUACGAGCCUGCAGAAGAUUCAUUCCUGUUCCUUGAUGCCCUGGAGCAAGAACAUGGCUUCCUUGCUAAGCUGAGACCAACAGUGUGCCUGGAGAUUGGUUCUGGAUCCGGAGUCUGCAUUACCUUCCUUGCCAGGAUACUGGGACCCACUAGUGUGUAUAUGAGCACAGAUAUCAAUGUGAAGGCAGCUUGCAUCACGAGGGACACAGCCAACAGGAACUCGGUCACAGUGGAGCCUGUCAUCACAGAUCUGGUGAACUGUCUAUCAUCUCGCCUCUCAGGUUGCAUUGAUGUGUUGCUCUUCAACCCACCAUACGUAGUCACGCCUAGUCAGGAGGUGGGGAGCACAGGCAUUGAGGCAUCAUGGGCAGGAGGUAUCAGAGCGGAGGUCGUGGACAGGUUAUUUCCCUUGGUUUCAUCGAUCUUGUCACCAGAGGGUGUCUUCUACCUUGUCAUUAUCAAGGAAAAUAAUCAAGAUGAAAUCGAGGAUAUUAUGAAGAAGAAUGGCUUUCAAAUGGUUGUGGUGAAAAGUCGUCGAUCUGGCCCCGAGUUCCUCUCAGUGCUGAAAUUCACCCGACUUCCUUCUGUCACGUGACACAGGUUAUCAGGUCGGUGUGCAAAUCGGUGUGUUCCAGACCUUGGGGUGGAGGUUAGAUGUACCUACUGAAUCGUGUAUGGAAGACAUCAUACUGGAUCAACCUGAAUCUCAGGGACACAAAGUGAUACAAAUAAAAUGAGCAUCAAAGCUGCAA